UUGCCUAAGGGAGAGAAGUUUCCUAUUUGCAGAAAAGUGUUUGCAAUUCUUUAUAGGAGGGGCUACAGAGUUAUAUAAUCUCAAAGCAGAACAGCAGAGCGCUUAGAGUGAGUUACACUGUGCACAAGAUCCUAGGAAAUCAGGCAGUGGAAACAUGUCUGGAAAACCCAGGCUGCACUACUUCAAUGGACGGGGCCGAAUGGAACCAAUUCGGUGGCUGCUGGCAGCAGCUGGGGUUGAGUUUGAAGAGUCUUAUGUGGAAAAAAAGGAGGAUCUAACAAAGUUACAGACGGAUGGAUCCCUGCUCUUUCAGCAAGUGCCAAUGGUGGAGAUUGACGGGAUGAAGAUGGUGCAGACCAGAGCCAUCCUGAACUACAUCGCAACGAAGCACAACCUCUAUGGGAAGGACCUGAAGGAGAGAGCCCUAAUCGACAUGUAUGUGGAAGGAAUGUUCGAUCUGAACGAGUUACUCAUUAUGUAUGUUAUCCAACCAGCUGACAAAAAGGAUCAACAUUUUGCUAAUAUGAUGGACAAGGCAGAAAACAGAUAUUUCCCUGUCUUUGAGAAGGUUUUGAAAGACCAUGGGAAAGACUUUCUGGUUGGCAACCAGCUCAGCAGGGCAGAUGUUCAGCUACUUGAAAUCAUUUUAAUGGCAGAGGAGCACAAACCUGAUAUACUUGCCAAAUUUCCUCUCUUGCAGAGCUUCAAAGCAAGAAUAAGCAAUAUUCCCACAAUAAAGAAAUUCCUACAGCCUGGCAGCCAGAGGAAACCACCAACACGAGAGGAAGAUGUAGCCAAAGCGAUAAAAAUAUUCCGCUCCUGAUCAGCAAUCUAAAGCCAUACAAGCUGUAUUUCUUUGUGUUUCCUCAUAGUGACAAAGUCAUAUGAAUGGAAGAGUGAAAAAAAGGGGUUUGAUCUCUCUUUCCCUAGCUACAGGAGUGGUUUCAGCCUACUGCAGACACUUCAACGUAAAGCUACAUGAGCCUACCAGCAAAGGAAAUAGUUCACUGAUCAGGGGUAUAUUGAACAACACACGAUACCUUAAAUAACUAACAAGAAUACCUAAAUAAAGUCUCAUAUUUAUACUCAAAGCCCAAAUGUU